CAAGCAUCUGGGAGAGAGAGAGAGAGGACUAUCACCCCCUCCCUCCCUUCUUCUCUCCUCUCCUCUCCUCCCUCCUUCCUCGCUGACUCUUAUCAGGAGAAUUCACGAAGCCGCCUCACUUCGUCACAAGUUCGCCUGCUCGAUACUUUGAUCCGCAUCUUUUCUCCUGGAGAGAAACCACUUGUAAAGUAAGGGUUUUCCUCCGACCUGGAUUAAGUUCUGCGUGGAAACAAGUGAUAUUCGAAGCCUCAGAGAGAGAGAGCGAGAGAGAGAGAGGAGGUGCGUGUCGGGUAGCCUUCUCCUCCUCCUCCUCCUCCUCCUGCUGCUGCUGCUGUUCCUGCUCUUGUUCCUGAACGCACGGAUACAAGUCUGUUAGAGUUUGACAGCACUGGAGAAACUCCUGCUGCUGCUGCUGCUGCUGUUAGGACUAAAUCUAAUCCAAAAGUUUUGAUCCAAGGAAGAAGAAAAAAAGUUCUGGAAGUAAAAACAGGGAUAAGGUUUUAAGAAAAAAGGUUGUUCGUAACAGCGUGUUGAAUUAUGGCGCUGAAGGCCAGGGUGUUGUAUGAUUUCCACUCUGAAAACCCAGGAGAGAUCUCCAUAACUGAGAAUGAGCUGGUGACUCUGUUCAGUGAGGAGGAGCUGGAGGGCUGGUUGGAGGGGGAGAACAGCAGGGGGCAGGCUGGUCUCUUCCCCGCCUCCUAUGUGGAGAUCAUCAGGGACCACAUCACCUCUAACAACAACAACGGCUUCUCCUCAAAAACCAAAGCGGUUCCAGCGACGCAGACGUCCUUCACACCCUCUGACUCCCAUCCCCAGAGAGCAGUCGGGGUUGGAAGUGUUGGCAGUGGUGGAAGCAGCUUCCACACCAGCCAGGGAAGCGAUGACGACUGGGACGACGACUGGGACGACAACUCUCCUGCCACUGAUGUUUCUCCUGGGUUUGGCAGCUCGCCCCCCCUGUACCCGGUCACCACCUCCCUGCCAGCGCGGCGUGAAAGUGGCCAACAGCAACAUCAGCACCACCAGCAGGCCAAGAGCUCGGCCACGGUGGGGAGGAACCUCAACAGGUUCUCCACCUUCGUCAAGUCUGGAGGCGAGGCCUUCCUGCUCGGGGAAGCCUCUGCGUUUGUCAAGGAUGGGGACAGGAUCUGCGUGGUGAUGGGGAAGCAUGGACCUGAGUGGCAGGAGGAUCCGUACCCGUUCACGUGCACCAUUGAUGACCCCACCAAGCAGACCAAGUUCAAAGGCAUGAAGAGCUACAUGUCGUACGGCCUGACCCCCACGCACACAAACAUUCAAGUCAACCGCAGGUAUAAACACUUUGACUGGCUGUACGCUCGCCUGGUGGAGCGUUUCCCCGUCAUCUCUGUGCCCCACCUGCCGGAGAAGCAGGCCACGGGACGCUUCGAGGAGGACUUCAUCUCCAAGAGGAGGAAAGGUCUGAUCUGGUGGAUGAACCACAUGAUCAGUCACCCCGUGUUGGCACGGUGUGACGUUUUCCAGCAUUUCCUGACGUGCGGGGCAGACGAGAAAGCCUGGAAACAGGGCAAGAGGAAGGCGGAGAGGGACGAACUGGUCGGUGCCAAUUUCUUCCUCACAAUCAGCACGCCUGAUGUUCCUCUGGACCUCCAGGAGGUGGAGAGCAAAAUCGAAGGUUUCAAGUCCUUCACCAAAAGGCUGGACGAGAACAUCGUUGUCGUGAACACCACCAUCAACGAGUUUGCCCGCAAACAGAUGGCUGGGUUCAAGAAGGAGUACCAGAAGGUGGGACAGUCCUUCAGACUCCUGGGUCAGGUCUUCGAGCUGGACCAGCAGGUGUAUUCAACCAGUCUGAACAAAGCCAUCGCGUACACUGGUGAAGCCUACGAGGUCAUAGGAGAGUAUUUUGCUGAGCAGCCACGCCAGGACCUGGAUCCCAUUUCUGACCUGUUGGACCUCUACAGAGGACACUUGGCCAAUUUUCCCGACAUCAUCCAUGUACAGAAAGGUGCACUGACUAAGGUGAGGGACUGUCCGAAGCAGGAAGGGGAGCUCCACGACCGCUGCAACAUCAUUUCAUGCGCCACGCUGGCGGAAAUUCAACACUUCCAUCGCACGCGCGUACGGGACUUCCGUGCGCAGAUGCAGCACCAUCUCCGUCAGCAGAUCAGCUUCUUCCAGAAGAUCACGGCCAAGCUGGAAGAUGCGCUUCAGAAAUACGACGAUGACCAUGACCAGUAGGAGGAGGGAGAGGGUGAAGUUGGACUAAAACAAAAAAAAUGCCUUAAAGGAAGUGGGAGAAAAGCCUGAAGAGGGAAACAGACAGGGUUUGAUUGAUGUUCUCAACGACAUCUAAUCGACCUGCACCAGAAGAAAAAACACCCUGGAGACUUGUGUUGUCAUGGAUCCUGGGCCUGGGAUGAGUGUUUGAGAGAAAACUGUCCCUCUGUAGAAAAAUAUAGGCCACUUGUCUGCGGAAUGACAACCUCUUGUAUAACGUGGACAGCUCUGAUGAAUGUACCAGUCGCAGGGAUUUUGCUGACGCUCUGUGAACAUCUUGAAACUCAGCAGAACGGCAGAGAUGUUGAAAACAGCUGCUCUCCAUCGGCCACGGCUGCCCCCCCGGUUUGAGGUGAUCCCUACACAUCUUUACCAUUUCACCACUUCAUUCAUCAUUUCACCUCCUCCUACAGGAACACAGUAAACACACAAACACAGACAUGAAUCCUUCGUUGUUGUGUUUUCAUGGGUGGAACGACUGGACUGCAUGAAUUUAUCUCCACACUUGUUUUGCUUUUACUUGAAUUACCUGCUCAGUAUUGUUUUUCGAUGGGAGGUGACAGUUUUCCUUCUCCUCAGCUGACACAGUUUAGCACAGUGCAGCUUGAAAUCUGAACACUGUGAUGACUAACGUCGCUGAAAUCUCACUGGUGUUGUCACAUCUGUACUAAAUUACAACCCUGAACCCCUUAAGUGCCUUAACUGACCUAAAAACGAUGGUGGACCAAGUUGAAACUGGUUUUAUGUCUCUUAUUGACCAUGUGUCUUGUUUUGAGAAGCUGCUCCACAGCUGGGGGUUUUUUUUUGUCUUUCUGUUUUUUGGGGGGGGAGGUUGUUUUAUUGAAACCAUCUGUGUAUGUGAUUGUUUUCUCUCAGUCCAGGGAGAGGUCAGAGGUCAGGCUCAGGAUAUGGACACUUUGGUGCUUUCUUGUGAGGAAGUGUUUUGAACAAAGCCAUUCUGUGCUCUUGAUUAUUAUGGGAUUAUAGUGCAUUUCCAGUUCUGAUUUUUGACAAUCUAGUCGAGUCUUGUCAGCAUCACUGAGCUGGAUCUUUCAUGACAUUGGGAGGUUAUUUUUGUUUACAUGAAGCUUUACGUUUGGUUUCCCUGAUUCCCCAAACAUUGUAAUCUGAACUGUUGAUGGCAGAUGACACAGAUAUUCUGAAUAGUUUCAGCGUCAUUUGCUGAACCUCACUAAUGCUGCAAUACCCCAAUAUAGUCAGCAGGGGGCUCUAAUGAGCACAUGGGACAGUUGUGGUAGAUUUCGACAGGGCUGGGCAAUAUGAUCAAAAAAGGUUGUUAUUACAUUGAAAAAUAUACAAAUCAUUAAAAAUUGAUAGUUAUUAUUAUAAUAAAUAUCAGUUCAUUACUAACAGCGUUUUGAUUCAGAGUGUGUGUGUGUGUGUGUGUGUUUGUUUACGCACUCACUGUCGAUAAACAAGUAGAAACGCAGUUCCAGAUCUGAUCUUCUUGUGCCUUAUGUGGAUAAAUAGUCAUACUAUUGAUGCAUAUCAAAGUUUUGGAAUCUAACUAUUGAAGAAAAUGGAUUAUAUAUAUAUAUAUACAAUUAUUGUCAUUGAAUUAUUGCCCAGCUCUUAAU